UGAAAUCAUACUAACGGCAUUUCAUGUCAUCAACACAGAUAUAUCGUCCACAAAGUUAUCGAUAACACAUCACAUGUAAUCGUUAACUAUGCCAAGUUGCGCUAUGUUUCGCGACACAGCGUACCACUCAAAAAGAAACAAAAGUCAGAAAACACAAAAUCUAAAUUCAAGUAAACACUAUUUAAAAUUCGAUUAGCAAUUUCCACGUUACCGAUAAGUGGGUGGUCAAAUAAUUCCACAUCACUCAAAGGUAUCGUGGUAACUUAAACCCAAAGAAGCUAGAUAGUUGUAAACAAGUACGUGAGCACCAUGUUGAUAAAUAUGUGUAGAGUGUGUGGUAGAAGCAACAUAUGCACUCGAAGUCUGAAUCUAUUCGAAGAGACUAACCGGAAGUUGCUACGCCACAUAAAUAUGCUUACAGGACUACGCUUAAAACACCAACAGGAUGCACCCGGCUUUAUAUGCCUUUGUUGUCAGUCCGAUCUGCGCAUAGCCAUGGCUUUCCGCAAGCUCUGUAUAAAGACGCAAAAGAAAUGGCAACCGCCUCAAACGCAGACUCAAACAAAACAAGAUCUCCCAUCACAAAGUGAUGUGGAUUCCGAUGAAGUUGAAGCGGAGGGAGACAGCCUAAGUCAAAGUACUCGCCAAAUACCUAAGCGUGUGGCUCGAAAAGAAAAAGUAUGCAUAAGAGAAAUGAAUAGUGAAGAAUCUGAGCCAUCCAAGCCAGAGCAGACUCUUUUAGUUGUGUUGAAAGAUGAGACCAGCAUGAGCGAUGUGUUGAGCGAGGCCGCUGACGACGAACACGAUCGCUUAGACUUGAGUUAUGACACUAAAAUGGAAACAGAGGCAGAGGGAAGCAGCGACCAAGAUUAUGUUCAACCAGUGUCGGCAUCCGCUGAUCGGGGCAAAGGUCGCAAGCAUAAAGAUAAGGAUAGAAUUACUAAACCACAAAAUCCCAAAGUAUAUAUUUGUGAGCUGUGCGGCUUACAUGUAAAAGCGAAGGUCUCGUUCGAGCGGCACAUACGAAAGCACACGGGCGAACGACCAUUUCCAUGCGAGCUGUGCACGGCCCGUUUUCUGUCCGCUGCUGAGUUACGUGCCCACCAUCUUACACACACUGGGGAACGCCCCUUUCCCUGUCGCUACUGCGACCGCAAAUACGUCAGCUAUAUGGGGCGUCUCAAGCAUGAGCGCAUACACACUAAUGAACGGCCGUUUGUCUGUGCGGAAUGCGGCAAAGCCUUUACCAAUUCCUAUAUUUUGAAGAACCAUAUGCUGGUACAUACGGGCGAGCGGUUGUUUAGGUGUGAUCUCUGCGAGCGCUCUUUUCAGCGUAAAACCCAUUUAAGAACACAUUACCGCUCGAAUACUCAUAAACAUAACGUGGAGAAGCACGAAAAUACGCAACUCUCGGAAUCUCCAGCAGAAGCAGUAACCGUCCCACCUUUAGCGGAUGCUUCUAAAAAUAGUUACAACAUGAGCUUACAUUGCAGUGUAAAUCUGUAAUACAAUGGAUAAAUCGUUUGCAACUUACGACAUGCAAUGAAUA